GUAUAUAUCCCCUCUCCUUUAUAAAGGAGAAGACACGAUGACAUUGUCUGCAGUUCAUGGAAUUGAUAAAUUUGUAUCAGUAAGUUUUACGAAUUCAAUUAAAAAUGUAUAUUAUAUCAUGAAAAUUGAAACAGAAUAAAUGUUCCCUAGCAUGACGAGCGGUUUUACAAGUUCAUCCGAAAAAUCAUUUUAAGGUAACGAAUGUCGCCAUCCAUUCAUUUAUUGACGUUUCGUAAUUUUCACAAUGGAGCAAGGAAAAAGUUGAAAUAUAUAUUUGUAGAUAGAAAAGAAAACGCAGAACGUUAGCCUUGAAGUCACUUUCAAUUACAGGUCAAACGAUUUUUUUAAAGAGUUGCCUAUUGCAGUUGGUAUUGAGAGUCGAGAUUGAGCCUUACUGCAGUCAAAUUGCACAAAAUGGAGGUGUCAACAAUUGAUUAACGUCUGAAAUUAUUCAAAAUUUGUCUUCAGUUGUGUAUACUAAAAAAAUAUGACCAUUAUACCGAUAGAUCGUUGAAUUUUUGAAAGGAUUAACAUUAUUGAAUCGCAUCAUGAGUAAAUUUUGGAAAGAACAUAAAUUGGAAACAACUGGACCUGCCAUUAUGAAAAGCCUCAAUAUCAUGUGUAUUUGUAACAGAGAUAUAUACUAUACCGCCAAUGAUUCCACACGUGGAAAAAGAAUACGUAUGAAAUGCCAGUGCAAUCAACCCAGAAGUUUCUUGUUGAUAGAUGGGCAAGAAUACCUCAGAGUUAACAAUGCGGAAGAGUUCAUGGAAGAAUUAAAUUGCAAUAAAGAUCUUGAAGUGAAAGUAGUGUCGAUUUUUGGAAACACCGGUGAUGGCAAGAGUCACACAUUGAAUCAAACAUUCUUCAAUGGAAAGGAAGUAUUUGAGACCUCGAGUGAUCAAAAUUCAUGUACAUUAGGUGUUUGGGCUGCAUUUGAUCCAGUUCUUAAUGUGAUAUGUUUGGACACAGAAGGUUUAUUAGGUAUUACUUCUCGUGAGAAUGAAAGGAUAAGGCUAUUACUUAAAGUUCUUGCUAUAUCUGACAUUAUUAUAUAUAGAACACAAUCCGAAAAACUGAAUAGAGAGUUAUUUACAUUUCUUAGUGCUGCUUCAAAAGCAUACAGUCAUCAUUUUCAAGCUGCCUUGCAAGCAAUAGGACAGAGGAAAGGAGUUCAAGGCUCUUUGAGUGCCCUGGGACCAAGCAUUAUAAUAUUACAUGAGACUAAAUACACCAAACCUCUGACCAACAAUGGUAUAGAAAACGCGGAAGACGUUCUUCGAACAUGGUUUGCUCAAAUGAAGCUCGAAAUGGAAGCAUUUAGUUCCAUCAAAUACGUUGGUAUACAAACAACAAAUUUCACGACUGAUUAUGAACUUUUGCAGACUGCUAUUACGGAAGAAUUGUCUAAUACUAUUGUGCGAUCUCCCAGAAAGCCGUAUUUAGUUUAUAAUACAUUAAAAGUUUUAAACGAGAAAUUUUCAGAACAAAUUGAGAAUUCUUCUAUUUUGUUUCCCGAUCAAUAUUUCACCUGUCCUACUAAAUGUCUUAGCUGUGGAUCUAGGUGCAACAAUAGUAUGGGACAUCUUUUCGAAGGAAAACCUCAUAGUAGCAAUAACAGGUGUCGAUAUCAGCAUCAAUAUGAAAAUAUAGUAUAUAUAUGUAAAAAAUGUUAUAGUAAUGGAAAUGAAGUACAAGUUAUGAAACGAGUUCAAACUCAAAAUGAUAAUAGUUGGUAUGGAUUAGUUAAAUAUGCAUGGUCAGGAGAUGUGAUAGAAUGUCCAAAUUGUGGAGAAAUAUAUCGGAAUCGUCAGUAUUGGUAUAGUAACAAAAACCUUGAAGAUUCUACUAUUCGUACAGAGAUCACGCACGUGUGGAACAUGCCAAAUAAUUCAGUUGCAUCUCAAAACACAGCACAAAAAGUAAUCGACGGUGUAUCGUAUCUUACUGAAGCUGUAACCAAUGUUUCGUUGCAACCGACAAAAGUUCUAUCGGCGUGGGUUGCAGAUCAGGUAGCUCCGACUUAUUGGAGACCUAAUAAUGAAAUAAAAAACUGCCAUAAGUGUAAAACGGCAUUUGGCUUGACCGAUACGAAACACCACUGUCGAGCAUGUGGCGAAGGUUUCUGUGAUCAGUGUUCGUCUAAAACGAAGUGUGUCCCAUCUAGAAAUUGGCAUACACCAGUACGAGUCUGUGAUGUCUGUUAUAAUAAGGAUGAACCUACUGAAUUUUCGGAAGAUGUUAACGCUAGGAAAGUAACUGAACAAGUAGUAUCUACUCUCAGUGCAGUUGCGUUUAUUAAGGAUACAGUUCGACCGUCUUAUUGGGUCCCCGACUCGGAAGUUGUUAAUUGUUGCGUAUGCUACCAAAAAUUUUCCGUGUCUCUUACUUUACAUCAUUGUAGAGACUGUGGACGUGGAGUAUGUCAAGAUUGCUCGCAACAUCGUAAACCCGUACCGCAUAGGGGAUGGGAUAAUCCAGUUCGGGUUUGCGAUUCGUGUAUAAAAAUAGCCUAAGAAACAUUGACGAAAGCAUUAAUCUGAAAUAUUGAUCCAUCUACACAAUAUACAUUGAUGAAUUGAAUACCUCAACGAUGAAGAUAUAUUUUUUCUCAAAUUUUGUACAAGUUGCUUGCAAUUCAUAAACAUUUAUGUAACUUUUACUUUGCCUUUAGUAUAUUGAAAUUCUUUGCCAUCGUAAGAGCGGAAGAAAGAAGAAAAAGAAAACCAAUAUUUUAAUACAAUAUUGUAAAAAAGCAUUUCCUAUGAAUUGUGCCAUGAGUGUACCUGUCUCUUUUAUAAAAUGUGUUUUCAGAGAAUUGCAGUAAUAUAAUAUUAGAAAAAUAA